AAGAAGGGGCUGAGCAGGAGAGAGGCCACUCCGGAGGCACACGAUCCCUGGCCCAGCUCUGCCUUUCCCCCGCAGUCCAGGAAGCCAGAGCCGGAGGAGCGCCAGGAGAGCGGCUCAGUGCCUCUGGAGGGAGGGAGGCAUCCCUAGCUGGCCCUCCACUUCGGAAGACAGAGACCCCAAGGCUCCAGGGACCGGCCCUGCCAAGCCCUUAUGCCCGGGGCCCGGGGCCUGGAGGGAGCGGAGGCGGAGGCGGCCCCAGGAUGCCAAGAGUGAGCGGCCUCCGCCGGCGCCAUGAAGGAGAAGUCCAAGAACGCGGCCAAGAGCCGCCGCGAGAAGGAGAACGGCGAGUUCUACGAAUUGGCCAAGCUGCUGCCCCUGCCCUCGGCCAUCACCUCCCAGCUGGACAAGGCCUCCAUCAUCCGCCUCACCACCAGCUACCUCAAGAUGAGGGCCGUCUUCCCCGAAGGUUUGGGAGAUGCCUGGGGUCAGCCGAGCAGAUUAGGCCCUCUGGAUAGUGUUGCCAAGGAGCUGGGCUCACAUUUGCUGCAGACUCUGGAUGGGUUUGUUUUUGUGGUAGCAUCUGAUGGCAAAAUAAUGUAUAUCUCAGAAACAGCUUCUGUCCAUCUAGGUUUAUCCCAGGUGGAACUCACUGGUAAUAGUAUUUAUGAGUAUAUACACCCAUCAGACCAUGAUGAAAUGACAGCAGUCUUAACAGCUCACCAGCCUCUUCAUCCUCAUCUUUUGCAAGAGUAUGAAAUAGAAAGAUCUUUUUUUCUGCGCAUGAAGUGUGUCUUGGCCAAGAGGAAUGCAGGACUGACAUGUAGUGGUUACAAGGUGAUUCAUUGCAGCGGCUAUUUGAAGAUACGACAGUACAUGCUGGAUAUGUCGUUGUAUGAUACCUGUUACCAAAUUGUUGGUCUGGUUGCUGUAGGUCAAUCAUUACCUCCCAGUGCAAUCACAGAGAUCAAACUUCAUAGUAAUAUGUUUAUGUUCAGAGCAAGCCUGGACCUAAAACUAAUAUUCCUGGAUUCUAGAGUGACUGAAUUAACUGGAUAUGAGCCACAGGACCUCAUAGAGAAAACUCUCUACCACCAUGUACAUGGAUGUGAUGUAUUUCAUUUACGAUAUGCACACCAUCUCUUGUUGGUGAAAGGACAAGUUACAACCAAGUACUAUCGAUUGCUAUCAAAGAAUGGUGGCUGGGUUUGGGUCCAGAGUUAUGCCACCAUUGUACAUAACAGCCGAUCGUCACGACCUCACUGCAUAGUGAGUGUCAAUUAUGUACUAACAGAUAUAGAAUAUAAAGAACUUCCGUUAUCAUUGGACCAGGUCACAAUUUCUAAAUCACAGUUUUCAUGUAGAAACUCAGUAUCUACCUCACAAGAAACAAGAAAAGCAACAAAACCUAAAAGUAAUAAAAUGAAGACAAAGCUUAGAACAACUCCAUAUCCACAGCAGCAAUACAGCUCCUUCCAGACAGACAAACUGGAAUGUGGCCAGGUUGGAAGUUGGAGAUCCAACUCCACAGCAAAUUCUGCCACCAUCCAAGAACAAGCCUUCCAUUCAGAAAACAGCGAACUUUUAUAUACCCCAUCAUACAGCUUACCAUUCCCAUACCAUUAUGGACACUUUCCUGUAGACCCUCAUGUAUUCAGUAGCAAAAAACAAAUGCUGCCUUCUAAAUUUGGGCAGACUCAAGGAACACCUUGCGAAGUAGCUCGAUUUUUCCUAAGUACAUUACAGACAAGUGGAGAGUGCCAAUGGCACUAUGCCAAUUCUCUCAUACCAGGCAGCCAAUCGCCAUCUAAAAGUCCUUCUGAUCAGUCAGCAAGCAAUGUACGGCACAAUCUCUUACAGGGCUAUGAAGUGCCACUCUCACAUAGACGAUAUAGCCAAGAAGAAGGUACAUCAGACAAUUUCUCAAGCUGCCCCACACUGACACCAAGUAGCAGAUACAAGGAAGAGAUAUAUGAUUCCAGCAUUAUAAAACAUAGCAAAAUGGAAAGCAGAAUAUACCCAGCACAUCACCAUCUCAUUAAAGAAGAAAAUAAGACAACUUUCAACAGAGAUGUACAAGAAAAAAUUAACAUUAGUGAAAAGCCCUUUUCGAACUCUUUAACUAACUCUUUUUUGUCCAAAUCAGAAUGUUUCCAAACGAAAUCCAUUGGACCAUUAAGUCACCUUCUUCCAGUUCCAACCGUAUAUGAACAAACACGAAGAAUCUGUAUGAAAGAGCCAAAAUAUGAGCACAUUGCCCAUUAUUCUGCAAACAUUGGUGAGCUGGCAGUGGAUGACAGAAUGGCAGUUAAGCUUGACCAAGACUCUGAACAGGAUCACACAGUUGAUGUGAGACAUACAGGACAAGUUCCAUUUGUACUUCUUAACUACCAUCGGGUUUUAGCCAAACACGGCACUUUUCAAAGCUCCUCAUGCACUGCCACAGGAAAUGGAGCAGAACAUUAUGGACAUGGUUCUGAAGAAGUAAAUAUGUUUUACAAAAAUCAAAGUCCCUCAUCUGCCUCUUCCCCUGAGACUCACAAGGAGCCUGCACUUCCUCAUUAUAUUGGAACUUCUGUAAUAAUAGCCAAUGGAAGGUGACAAUGAUGGAACCAUUUUAAGCUAAAAAAAAAUUGAAUAAUUUCCAAAAAGCAUGAGCCUACAUGGUUGCACACAGUGCAACCUUAAGCAUGGUUUAAGGUGAGCUGAGACAUGAACUUGCAUGUGUUCUUGGCAAACCAUGUUGAACAAUACUUUUAAAGUCAGGAAAAAUGUGUCUAAGCUUCAGUGCUUUGUUAUUAAUUCAUCUCUGCAGUUGAUUCUGCCAGUAAGAAGCCAUUUAACAAAUCAGUUUUCUUAUUUUACAGGUUUGCUAUUUAUAGUUCAUGUACCAAUACAAGGGUUGGCUGUGUUUUCUUCAAAAAUAUAUUUCUAUAAUCAUAUGGAUCCAAAAUAUAUUUCAUUAUUUCAUUAUCUGACAAGUCUGUCAGGAGAUGGUAAUUGCCACAAUUAUUUGUGGCAGUCCCUGUAAAACUGCCUUCAAAUUGUUGCCCAAAGAACAUAUGUUUAGGUUUUUAAUCUCUGAAAGUCAAUGAUGAAUUCUGAUUUGCGUGACUUUGAUAUAUUUUAUGAAGGCCUGUUGGCACGACUACUAUGCAUUUUCAAAUAAUGAAAAUCUACUAGUCCAAUAAGCUUGGAAAUGUCUACCAAAGAGUUGAUGAAGUUUCAUAAUUUAGGGAAAAACCUGUGGUAAGAAUCUUUUAGAAGAAUCUCUGAAAAUAAAAGAAAGGGAUUUUUCCCAUUUGAAAUAUACCUUCAAGGUAGAAGAGUACAUCCAAAGCUUUAUUUGACAGAGAAGAGAGUAAGAGUUGGGUUGUGUUCAUUUUGUUCUAGCAAUGAGUCCUUUCAGUUUCACUAAUCAUCAUUUUAUAUUUUGGGGGCUUGUAUUUUUGGACCAGCAAGUAAAGUACUCAUAUGGUUAUGAAAUGAUAACAUGCAUUUAUCAGAACACUAAUGAUCAGAUGAAAACUCUCAGGCGCUUUUUAAUUUUAAGCACAGAGUAUAUUGCUUUUUGAUUUUCUGUAAUAUCUAGUCUGGCAGGUAAAGAUUUGCACAGAUUUAUGCCAUAGGUUUAUUGCUAUUGCUCUGAUCCAGAUCUUUGUGGGUGCUCUGACGAAACAUAUGAAAUAAUAGCACAAAGUAAUACGUAAAUCAAACUGUUCCUGCUAUAGAAUUAAAUGGGAGAACUCUGUGUACAUAGAAGCUUGUACAUAUAUGCAUCAGGGCUCUUUAGCGUGCAAGAUGUUACUGGAAUAUGGGAGGUGUACACUUGACAACAUGACAAAACACUUCCCUAACCUAUAAAAAUAUAUUUACAAUGCAUAUUGGUAUUAACCAGAGAGAUAUUUUAAUUUGGAUCCAGUAGAUUCCCUUUAUUUAUUGUACUGCUGAAGGCUCAGUUAUGUUAAAAUGUUUCUAAAGGUACAUUUCCCAAAAGUCAAAUUUUAUUAGAGGCACAGAAAAAAAAAAACUAUAGCGCAAUAAGCCAUUGACAGUUUGGCUAUAACCUUGAGUAGAGCCAGAACCAAUUUUUAAGAUUAUUUCCUUGAGAACUCACAUCUUAUGUACCUUGUGCAGUAUAGAAAACAGCAUCACUGACUGCACCAUUUCAGGUAUCAAAUGAAAUGUGAUAUGAAUUUUCUUAAUUAGAUUUUUUUUUCAAUACAAAGCAUUCCCUUUUCGUAUUUUCUUUUUCUAAGGAAACAAAUCAGGACAUCUUAUUAAAAAUACAACAUUGUUGGGCAUACACAUUAAAUAGUGACAAAGCCAUCAACAGGCUAAUUCAAAUGAAGUUAGACAGUGCCUUGAGUUGAUGCUAGUAGUUCCCAAAGUGUAAGGUAGGCUUCUCUGGGGAUACAAAGUUGCUAGGGAAGAAAAAGCACCUUGUUACCAAUCAACCUGCCUUCCACCAUGGCAUUAUGGGGCUGUAGGUAGUUCUUUUAUUUUGUACAUUUUUGGGGGGUGCUUCAGUGGUCUCUGUGGCCUUGUUCUUUUGGUCUCUUGGGCGGGAUACAGACUGCCUAUUUGGGGCGGCCUGCAUCCACCCCUUUCCCCAACAGAUCGGGGCCUGAGCAGACACAGCAGCAGCCCCGGAGGCCUCGAUCUGCUGCUUC